AUGGUGGUCUCCAGUGGUAUGCAGUCUAUGGAGACAAUGAGGAGAGUCUAUGAGAGUGUAAAGAAAGACAAUCAGAAUUUCUGUAUCCUGCAGUGUACCAGUACAUACCCACUCGAACCUGAGGACAUCAACCUGCGUGUCAUCACGGAGUACCAGAAGGAGUUUCCAGACAUCCCGAUUGGUUACUCUGGACAUGAGACUGGCAUUGCUGUGUCGGUAGCCGCAGUGGCUCUUGGUGCCAAGGUGCUAGAACGUCAUUUCACUCUGGAUAAGACCUGGAAAGGAAAUGACCAUGCCGCCUCUCUUGACCCCUCUGAACUUGCUGAGUUGGUACGAUCUGUCAGAAUCGUGGAGCGAUCACUAGGUAGCAGCGUUAAACACAUGCUGCCCUGUGAAAUACCCUGUCAUGCUAAGCUGGGUAAAUCAGUGGUGGCGAAGACAGCAAUUCCUAAAGGAACUGAGCUGACUCUCGACAUGCUGACAGUAAAGGUGGCCGAGCCGAAGGGCAUUGCUCCUGAGGACCUUUUUGAUCUGGUGGGGAAGGCAGUGACUCUGGACAUUGGUGAGGACGAGAGUGUCACAGAGGAAGCAGUGGAGAACUAUGGCAAUCAAGCUGAAGAGUGAAGGAACUCUUGCUGGUCACACUAGAACUGGUGCCAUCAACCUCUCAUGCCAACUAUAAUCAACUAUAAUAAAUAAAAAAUUAAACAGUUUAUGUAACUGUCAUUUUUUAACCUUUCCAUCCCUUCUGUAACUCAUUACGUGCUCAUGAACCCAACAAAACAAUGUUUAAUAGUUAAAAUAGAAUGAAUAGUUUUACCAAUAAAAAUGCUUUCAUUAUUCAA